AUGACAAGAAGUUCAACAGAUGAAAUAAUUGGUUUCAAAAAUUUUAGAAUUUUACAUUCAAAAGAAAAAAAUUUUUCUGCCCCUAAUCUUUCAAGGAAUAUCUUACCUAUUGAAGAUAAUUUAUUUUAUAAAUGUAAUAAAGAUAAUUGUGAUGAACAAGGUAGAAAACAGAGAAUAUUAGCAGAUAAAAUUAAUAGUUAUGCUCCUAUUAAUGAAUUAAGAAUUCAAUUAAUAUAUGGUGCUACGGCAUAUGAGGCUGUAACACAAGGCUUAACUCCACUUCAUUAUGCCUGUUAUCGAGAUUAUUUUGAAGCAGCAAAAUUACUAAUUGUUAGAGGAGCAAAUGUUAAUGCAAUAGAUGAAGCUGGAUAUACACCAUUACAUCUUUGUGCUGAGAAAGGACAUUUUAAGUUGAUUAAACUUUUAGUAGAUAAUAUGGCAAAAGUAUGUUUUGUAAAUAAAAAGGACAAUGAAGUUACAUUUCCAUUACGUGAUGGUGUUGAUGAACCAUUAGCAAUGGCAAUAAGAAGAGGACAUUAUGAAUGUGCUAAAUUUUUACUAGAUUCAGGAGCUGAUCCAAAUACAAAAUAUUUUGAUGGACCAGAAAUUACACAUGUUUCUUCAACAGAAACAAAAUUUAUUCAUCUUCUUUUGAUUUAUGGAGCUAAUCCUAAUUGUUAUAGUCGUGAUGGUCUUACACCUUUAAUGAAAGCUUGUCGUCUUAAAGAAAAAGGUAUAAAUACUAUUAAAAUUCUUCUUAAAUAUGGUGCUAAUAUAAAUGCGCAAGCUUUACCAAAACAAGAUAAUAGAACAGCAUUACAUUAUGCUGUUUUGUCUGGUUCAUAUGAAUUGGUAAAAUUAUUAAUAAAUUUUGGAGCAAAAAUUAAUAUGGAUAAAGGUUAUGAUAAAGCAUCACCAUUAGAUUUAGCUGUUUUAAAAGAUGACAUUAAACUUGUUGAAAUGAUACUUCAAGCUGGUGGUGAUCCAAAUCUUGUCCAUACAUAUAUUGGUUCAGCAUUACAUCUUGCAUGUUGUAGUAAUCUAAAAAAUCAGGUAGAAAUUAUUAAAUUAUUAUUGAAGUAUGGUGGUGAUGUCAAUUUAAAACAUACAUUUCCAGAAGGUGGAAUUAUGAAAUCUCCUAUGGUUGAAUAUUUUCGGUCAACUGAAAAUGUUAAUAUUGAAUUGGUUAAUUUAAUGUUAUCAUAUGGUGGUAAAAUAAUAAUGAAAUCACCAAUAUCAGAUCCAAGAGGGCAACUUAGAAAUUUACUUAAAAUAUCUCUUACAAAUCCAAAUAUUUUUCAUGCUUUAUGUGAUUUAGGUGAAGAUUAUGAUUCAUUAGCUGUUCAAAGAUUACCAUUAACUCAUAAUUUAAAAAAUACAAUAAUUGAUAAAAUGAAUAAUCCUAGAAGUUUACAACAUACUUGUAGAUUAAUGUUAAGAAAUUAUUUAGCCCCAUUAAAUCCAACUAAAGUAAAAAAAUUACCUAUUCCAGAAAGUAUCAAAAAUUAUGUUCUUGGAGUAACAUAUUAA